UUCAGUUGGUUCCGUCAAUUUAGUGUGACGGACACGAUCGGACUAAAGUUAAGAGUGAAAUCGCGUGUGAAAUUAACCAUCGAGUGGACUAAGUGUCUUAUCCCGUGAACGCAACAACUGUCAGUAAGUGUCAGCGUCAACUUUCCCAAAAUAAAGCAGAAAAAAAGUCUUUUUGAAGGAGGGAAGAAAGGCAAGAGCCAUCACACGCACGGGGCCACACAGCGAGAGGGCUCCUUGCGGCUCCGGCCUCAGUCAUGAAGGUUCACGGUGACUGACAUUUUCUGCAUGUACCAAGUCGGACAUGGACUUUUCCUUGGCGGGUCACUACACAGCCUGCAGCUACAUGACCUCGGCUGACCUGGUGACUCGCGAUCCCCGCCUGCUGACCUCCCCUGAUCUGCGGGUGGCAGCACUGCACGCCGCACCGAGACCAGACUUUGUCAAACACGAGCUCGCGAGGUCAGAGCUCAGUCGGCGGCUGGAGUUCCGGCCUGCGCAGGACUUCACGAGCAGAUCUGACUUGCUGGUGCGGCGCGACCUGGCCAGGGCGCAGGAAGGCUCAGCAGGCCACCGGGAGGAGAGGACGACCACUACCGUCAAGCAAGAGAGCCGGCCUUCAGACAUAGAGAACGACCCUACCUGUGUGCUGGCUGACGCGGCCCCAAGCAGGAGGACACGGGAGAGGGAGAGCGUCCUCGCCAUGACCAAGGAGGAGCGGCGGCGGCGUCGACGCGCCACGCUGAAGUACCGCACGGCACACGCCACGCGAGAGCGCAUGAGGGUGGAAGCCUUCAACGUCGCCUUCGCUCAGCUGCGGAAGCUGUUGCCCACCCUGCCCCCGGAUAAGAAGCUCUCCAAGAUAGAGAUUCUGCGCCUCGCCAUCUGUUACAUCGCCUACCUCAACCACGUGCUGGACGUCUGAGCAGCGUCGCCUUGCCAGACCCAAUACACACACACACACACACCCGAUUUUUCACCGCCCUGCAACUUCCUGCCUGAGCUUCAAUUCUAUACCCGACUCGACGUGCAGUGGACUAGAUAUCGUGCUUCCCCAACACCUGAACUGAACUCAGAGUGGAAGGAAUGGCAGCUUUGAGGCGUGCAGACGUGUCCCGUGCUUCAAGACGGCCAGGGACACCACGCCACGCCAUUGCUGCCGAAGCGGCCUUGUUGCACCGAAAUUGGCCUGUAUUCCUCAUCACAGCAGGUCUGACGCCCUUGCACCGCGUGGAAAGUGACAAAAGGACAAAACUCCCAUGCGUGGUACCAACCCUUCGCCUCACUGGAUGCCGAGCCACGCACGCUUCCCAUGCCUGCCUCAGUCCUUGUUUUCGCCUCCACUACGUACAGGACAAAGCACAAGAAAUCGACAUCACCGACGCUUCCCACAACGCAUCAAUGCUGUCUUCUGUUAUGUCACCGGGACGAGAUCUUCUUUUGCUAACAACGCGUUCAAAGAGUCGCCGAGGGCGGAGACGGAAUACAGCUCACAUCGUGUUCUUCCCUUUCUUUCAGUUCAUUAUUCUCAGCAACACUCUUUCAUGUAUAUACACAAAACUUUCGCAACUUUAUAAAUACAAAUACUUUCUAUAAAAUCCUUCAUACAAUGAUAUGUUUAGAGUGACCGGAAUGACAGUUACGAGAUUAUGAUACUUAUGUGUAGUAUGUAUGUAUGCAUGUAUAUAUGUAUGUAUGUGUGUAUGUAUGUACGAGUACGUAUGUAUCUGAUUAUCCAUGAACACAUGUACUCAAUAUUAAUUUAUUUACUGGGUUAGUCAGUCUGUUAGUUAGGUAUCUGUCUGCCGGUGUUCACCAAGCUGCAGUCCCCACAAACCGUUCUCGGCGCGUUGGUGGCAAAAACCCUCGGCCCAAGACUCGCACUGUGCUGAUAAACGACCUCGCUUGAACUACAAACUCACGUACUAUUAUUAUUACUACAUACAAUUAAAUGUGCAUAACUU